UCCGCUCGCUACGGCGAACUGUUCAUGAAAUCCGGAGAAGCAACAACCUCUAGCUGCCGAGGCUAGCUGGCAAGCGACCAGGUUGGACUAUCCCACUGUCAGCUUUAUUUUUAUCAGGUUAUUCUCGUUUUAAAGAAGAGGACAUGACACCCGGAUUCGUCCAAAUGCAUGGGUUCUGGGACAUUGGGUUGAAAAGAGUUCGUUUGUGGACUCCGACGAGCGGCGAAGGAGCUAUCUGCAUUAGCUGUUAUUUAACCCGCUGUUAACGUUAGCUAACGUUAGCCCUGGGCUCGAAGUGCAUAAAAACAACGUCCGAUCAGUUGCGGUCCACUGGAGCAAAGACGGGCUCGUCGGUAUGUAGCUUAGACCUAUUCAAUUCAUUCUCAACUUCAAUGUACUGUCAACUCUAAAACCUUCAUUUGGCCUUUGUUGGGUUUGUACAGUAACGUUAUCUUAACGACGAGUCAGAAAAUUAAGCUUCUUACUUGCUAAGCACGGAGGACUUUAACCAGUGGCUCUCAGUUUAUAGAAACGUAGUGUAAAGCCAUAUCCGUGUUAUCUUCGAAGCGACAGUGUUUGUGAAGUUUCCUUUAUUGUCAGUUUGAGACAGCGUCAGUGCUGUGAAGCUUAGUAAGUCACACCGUUACCCUACCUCAGCCUGAGCCAGUGUUUACAAGGAAGCUGCGUCCCGUGGUGGCUUCAUUGGCGUAGAGGCCAUUGUUUACUGUUUGUGGAACUUAGACAGGACUAGUAAUAAUUCAUCAUAUGUUGAUGGCUUAUGAGGCUGAAUGAGUCCUUAACUACUUCCAAUGGCGAACAAUAAUAGACGGUCGUGGGUUUGGUUUGACAGCAAGACGUUAAAUGAUAGUUUAAGUUUGGGGUAUGAUUUCUGAUCAGCGUGGGGAGACAGGUCUGCGUUUGCCAGACUGUCCGUGAACCUCUUCGCUGUUCAAGUAUCUGACUUUCCCUUUGGAAGUCGAAGAUGGAGACGGGAGUACGGCCUCACCAGGGCGAGAUGUUCGUCCACCAGCUCUCCAACCCAGGGGCUGCGGGCAUCUGCCCUGAAAUGCUGGAGGUGGCAGAGGAGGCCAGCCGAGCUGGGGACUUUAACCUGGCCGUGGAGAUCUACAGCUCCCAGCUCGCUGACCUCCAGCAGCCGGACAGGGGCUUGUGUCUGAGGAAGGCUGACUCUCUGGCCCGCGCCGGGCGGAUAUCUGAGGCGCUGGACUCGUACUGCACGGCUGCCAGCCUGGGCAAACUGCGGACGGAGGAGCUCAGCCUCCUGGUGGAAACCAUCGCCCGGACUCUCCGUGAGAAGGAGCUGGGCCUCCCCGGGACGGUAAACGGACAUGGCAAAAGCAGUAACGGGGAAGACGGGGUUGAAAGUGACGGGGAGUGUGCAGAGGAUGAAGCACUGGACAUGUUUUCUUGUCGCCUGUGCAAGUGUCUGCUUCACGAGCCUACAACCGUGGAUUGUGGACACACUUUCUGCAAACGCUGCAUAGAGGACGACUGUGUCAAAGACUGUGUACAUUGCAAACAAAAGUUGAACAAAAAAGACGGACUGCCAAACGGCAGGAGAUUAAAUGUUGUACUCAGUGGCCUGCUGGACAAACUGUUUGCAACUGAGAGCAAAGCCAGGAAAAUCUGGAAAGAAGGAGAGGUCCUGUGGAAAAACCAGGAGCUGUCUGAGGCCUUGGAGAAGUACAACGAAGCAGUGGAUCUGGUGCCCUCUUCAGGCAGACUGCUGUGCCAGCGGGCUGAGUUGCACAUGGAGAUGAGGAACUUCAGUCAGGCAGUGCAGGACGCCGACAGCCUCUGUAGGAUAAAACCUCUCUGGGAAAAGGCUCACUGUUUGAAAGCCACGGCCCUGAGUGAAGCAGGUCAAAAUGAUGAGGCCUUGCAGGAAUACUUCAUGUGUAUAGCGCUAAAGCCUGACUGGACCAAAGUCAAACUGGAGGCUCAGAAGGUCCUUAGCGAGGUGUUCUCCUCUGUGUUUGAAAAUGAGGACAUGCCAACGCCGCUGCACCCACUGCAGGGGGGGCUGACCACCCGGCACAUCAAACCCCCCGCCUUGCUUAGGUCCCUGAGGCCACUCACACAGACCCAGAGACCCGGAUCCUCCUCACAGGACUCAGAGUUUAGUGUGAGUAAAAGUGCUCCAGCAGACGACUCGUCCUCCAGACUGUCUGGUCCAUGUCCUUGUAAAUCGGACUCCGCUGCUGUGAAGGACAGCGCUAACAGCCUGGCCAGUGUUCUAGCUACACUGCCAGCCCCCCCUGGUGGCCUCAAGAGGAAACACAGCGGAGACGGACCCUCAGCAGUCUUCAACCCUCCAUCCAAACAGCUCAGACCUGAUAAGCUGAGCAGCUUCCAGGCCACUACAUUGUGUGGAGGGAGGACAGUUCAUGCUGAUUUAUUGGACAGUGGAGACAUGGAGUGUUCUCUUUGCAUGAGAUUGUUCUAUGAGCCGGUGGCCACUCCCUGCGGUCACACCUUCUGCCUCAAAUGUCUGGAGCGCUGCCUGGACCACAACCCCAACUGUCCUCUGUGCAAGGAGAAUCUGUCUGAGUAUCUGGCCACCAGGGGCUACAACAAGACCCUGCUGAUGGAAGAAGUGCUGCAGCGUUACCUAGGAGAUGAGCUGGCAGAGAGGAAGAAAAUCCAUGAAGAGGAGAUGAAGGAGCUGUCAAACCUGAACCAGGAAGUGCCCAUCUUUGUGUGCACCAUGGCCUUCCCCACCAUCCCCUGCCCACUGCAUGUGUUCGAGCCACGCUACCGCCUCAUGAUCCGCCGCUCCAUGGAGACGGGCACCAAGCAGUUCGGCAUGUGCAUAGCCGAUGAUCUCAAAGGUUUUGCUGACUACGGCUGCAUGCUGCAGGUGCGAGACGUGAAGUUUUUUCCUGACGGUCGUUCAGUGGUUGACACCAUCGGUGUAUCGCGGUUUAAGGUCCUCAGUCACGGCCAGAGGGAUGGCUACAACACCGCCAAGAUAGAGUAUCUGGUAGAUAAGAAGGUGGAGGCAGAGGAGCUGGUGGAGCUUCUGAAGCUGCACGACUCCGUGUACGAGCAGGCCGACAGCUGGUUCACCUCCCUGAAAGACAACAUGAAGAGCCAGAUCCUCAGUCACUUCGGACACUUCCCCAGCAAAGACCCCGACCCACAGGCCAGUCCCUGUGGUCCCGCCUGGUGUUGGUGGCUGCUUGCUGUCCUUCCAUUGGAGAAUCGAGCUCAGCUCACCAUCCUGGCCAUGACCUCCCUCAAGGACCGCCUCAUUGCCAUCCGCAGAGUUCUCAUCUUCGUUACACGCAAGAGGCCGCGGUGACUGGCCGGCCACUCGGGGUACAGACUGGAACCUCUUGGGCUUCUAUGCAGUUCAGCGAUUCAUUUAUUCAUUUGUUUGGCCAUUCAUUUGUUCAUCUGGUCACUCAUAGACUGACUGAUUCAAUAACACAUGUUUGCUCAUUCAUUUACUUGCCCACUCUUGCAUCAGUUCAUUCUCUUAGAGGCUCAUGUAUGCCUUCACGCAUCAUGCAGCCUCUCUGAGCACCUGUCUGUUCUGUUGAGAGUGGCAGGUGGGUGGGAGGGCAGCCACGAAGGCUUUCCUUGUCCCCUCCCCCCAACCAACAGCCCUCUAUAAUCAAUUCAUCUUGGAUGAACUACAACACAUCUCUAAACGAGUGACCUCUAAACGAAUGACCUCUCACCUCUUGUUCUCUGUUGAGACGGAGGUAAAAGCAGACAGGCCAAGCUGUUUUACUUGGUUUAGGUCACUUCUGGGUAAUUUACCCAACUGUCUGUCAUGAAGGAACUACAAGCAGAAACAGAACUUGGCCUGCCACAGAGCCAUGUGACCCCGCACAUCCAUGACCGUGACAGUUUGUACAGGUUCAGUCAAAACACAAACUCACUCUCUGAAAUAUGAAGCUGAAACAGAAACGCGUGGUGGCAACACAAAGUGAAUGUACUGGUCUGGCUGUAGUAUGUGGAUGUUUUUGUUUUUACUCUCUACUACAUUUACAGAAUCCGUUUGGCGAGUUGCACAUGAGGUCAGAUUCCUGCAUGUGGCACGCGCAACAGCUGCUUUGCUCAAGUCUUACUGACUGAGCUGAAAUUCAUGUGCAAAAACCUGGAGCUUACAAUGCCUCACCCACUGGUGAGUGUGUACCUCAGCCGUCUGAUAGGAAGUCAUGGGCACUAUGUGAGUCCUUGCAUCAAGAUAGGAUUGUGAUUGUGCCCAUGCUAGUGCUAAAAAAUCCAGACAGUGUAUGAGAACAAAUCCACAUAACAUGCUCCACCUGUUUUGAUAAGAGAUUUAAGGGCGCACUCACAUUAGGCAAUCCUUACUGCGCCCAAGCACGUUUGACCCCCAAAAUCCAGUUUGUUUGACAAGUGUGAGCGCUCCGUACCGUGUGAGCACAGUACGGAGCGCUUUCUUGGCCCUGGCAUGGUUGGAAGAAGGUGUGUUCCACCAGCACAGAAUGAAGGCUCAUGCACGAGCACAGCUGCUCAACGUGGACAUGAAGUAUAAUCAUACGUAUUACACCACCUCACAUGAUGAAGAAAUCCAGGAAUGUGAGUGGGCCAUCUAUGACCAAAACUAUACAAAUAAGCCACAAAAAAGUCAGUAAAGUCAGUCAUGUUCUCUGUGUUUCUUUCCAUUGUGCUGCGACAGCACUACAAUAUGGUGACGUAUGUACAAGAAGUAACCGCGACCAGAGCAAUGCAGCACAGCGGGGGACUGGGGAGGAGGGUCAGUCAUGCUUUGGCAAGGCAACUGGGCCAAGUGUGAGUGCACCCUAAGUAAGAUUUAAUUGUCAGGCUAAGUUUUAGUUGCAUAUAGGAAAUUGCAGAUACAAAUGCAUCCUCCCAGAUACAGUCAAUCUGGAACAUUGUGUCCUGUUGUAGCAUAUCUCUGGGACUUCAAAAUACAGACUUAGUUUUAGGGGUUGAUUGCGUAAUUUCUUGUUUUUUGUUUCUCUCUCUGCUAUGCCCUCAAGUGUAUGUGUAUGGUGAAAUCUUAAGUUGGGUGAUUUAUAUGUAUAUCAAUGUAACUCGGAGGCCUUUGUAUUGAUUUAUUUAAGGACGUUUCACCUCUCUAUCUCUCUCUUUCUAUCUCCGUUGCAUUUUCUCUCAGUACAUUUACAUGCACACUAAUGCAAUUACAAUGCUUCAGGUGGCCCAUUGGAGUUUUGUAAAAGAUGAAUAUACAUCUAGUCAAUAUUCUCAAUAAAACACAUUGUAUGUAUACGUGUGGCCUGACAAACGUGUUGAGAAAGGUUCCAUCCUCAUAAAGCAUAUGCCAACUGAUUUCUGUCUUCCCCGUCUUUACUGGCAUAAUGCCACAUCUCUUGGCACGACGCAUCACCAACAGUUGAUUACUUUGAAAGCUUUAAACAGAGAUGUGCUGUCUCAUAUAGCUACUAGUGGUCAAAAACUUUACAAGGUAUUCAAAAAAUUGGUUAAAUGCUGCACAAUAAUAACCCAGACUUUCGUGGUUCCUUGUAUUGGGGUGUGUGUAGAGUUUUUGACCACUGGUUCUUUCUGACUUUUUCAAACUGUUCCACCGAUACACAGCCAGUAGAGGCAACAUGUUAAAAGAACGAAAGAAACAUGUAGUGAAGCAGAAGAUGAUGGCUAGCUGAUCAACUCUGCGAAUGCUGUUAUGAGGGUUCAGUUUGAUAUGCUGAGAAACACUGAGUGGAAAUUCACACUAACUUUUAACAUUGUACAGUGAUGGGAAGGAUGAGCAGUGGAGGAAGUGUUGAUCUCUCGAAGUCUUCAAAUCAAGUUUUUGAGAGCUACAGUCUGAAGAGCAAAGAGCAGUCUCAGUUUUAGUCUUGGUAAAGUUGUUGCUGUAAUUGCAUUCUUGGCAUGCAUGUUAAUGCACCAUUUCUCUGUAUAAUUCUGUCCUUCCAAAUGUGUGUGACUCCACUGCAGUUUCUUGCUCUCUGUAAGGGGGAGGGGUUUACAACAUGCUGCAAUUCCCUGGUAUAUUUGUAAAGGGAGUUCUUGUACCUAUUUUUUAUUUCAAAUAAAGAAAAACACAUUCA